UCCCAUUUCUUCUUUUCGCUCAUCGCCCAAGAAUUUCACCAGCAAACCAUUCCAUACGCCUCCCACAGCGCACCACACCCACACCUCCUAAUCAUCUCCCAAUCACAGUCCGCCAUGGCGGCGGCGGCGCGCGGCGGCGAGGCGCUGGCGGGCGACGAGAGUCUGGUGUUUGAGACGAGCAAGGGCGUGGCGGUGGUGCCGUCGUUCGAGCAGAUGGGCAUCCGCGAGGACCUGCUCCGCGGCAUCUACGCCUUCGGCUUCGAGAAGCCGUCCGCCAUCCAGCAGCGCGCCAUCAAGCCCAUCAUCGCGGGCCGUGACGUCAUCGCGCAGGCGCAGUCCGGCACGGGCAAGACCAGCAUGAUCGGGCUCGCCGUGUGCCAGAUCGUCGACACCAGCUCCCGAGAAACCCAGGCGCUCAUCCUGUCGCCGACGCGCGAGCUGGCGGUGCAGACGGAGAAGACGGUGCUGGCCGUCGGCGACUUGAUGAACAUCCAGGCCUACGCGUGCAUUGGCGGCCGCUCCAUUGGCGAGGACAUUCGCAAGCUCGAGUUCGGCGUGCAGGUGGUGUCGGGCACGCCGGGCCGCGUGUACGACAUGAUCAAGCGGCGCAGCCUGCGCACGCGAGCCAUCAAGCUCCUCAUCCUGGACGAGUCUGACGAGAUGCUCAACAUGGGCUUUAAGGACCAGAUCUACGACAUCUACCGCUACUUGCCGCCAGAGCUGCAGGUGGUGCUGGUGUCGGCCACCCUGCCGCACGAGAUCCUGGAGAUGACGGGCAAGUUCAUGACGGACCCCGUGCGCAUCCUCGUCAAGCGCGACGAGCUCACACUCGAGGGCAUUAAGCAAUUCUUCGUGGCGGUGGAGCGGGAGGAGUGGAAGUUUGACACGCUGUGCGACCUAUAUGACACGCUCACCAUCACACAGGCGGUGAUCUUCUGCAACACGAAGCGCAAGGUGGACUGGCUCACGGAGAAGAUGCGCGCCAACAACUUCACGGUGUCUGCCAUGCACGGGGACAUGCCGCAGAAGGAGCGCGACGCCAUCAUGGGCGAGUUCCGCUCGGGCACCACCAGAGUGCUCAUCACCACUGAUGUGUGGGCGCGAGGCAUCGACGUGCAGCAGGUGUCGCUGGUGAUCAACUACGAUCUGCCCAACAGCAGAGAGCUCUACAUUCACCGCAUUGGCCGCUCCGGUCGCUUUGGCAGAAAGGGUGUGGCGAUCAACUUCGUACGGAGCGACGACAUCCGCAUUUUGCGAGACAUAGAGCAAUACUACAGCACACAGAUCGAUGAAAUGCCCAUGAACGUUGCUGACUUGAUUUAAUGUCACCAUAUUGUACUGUAGUAACCAUCCCCUGCAGUGUGAGCUCAUGCGCGUCUAUGAUAUGUGUCAAUUGUGUUUUGUGUAUAAAUGCUGCAUGGGCUUUUUUUAGGCUAGUUAUUAUUCCUCAUUCUGACAUAGUGCCCACUGCCUGAAGUGUAC